UCGGCAACGAAUCCAGGAUAAAACAGAUCGAAAUCUACAAGUCUUCAAAUCGACAACAGCGCUGGAGACGUAACAGUGACUAGACCGUGUCUUCUUAGAUCAUGAGCCAAAGCUAUGCACAGAUAUAUACAAUCUACACAAGUAUCCAAUUUUGCAUUCACUUUUUGUAUUUCCUUGCUUUUCUACCUUGUACUUUAACCCCAGCAGGCUAGCUCAUGAGCACAUCUCAAUUGACUGUUCAGAACGAGUUCCUAAGUCACUUGAUCGUCUAAAAAAUUAUUUCUAGAAAACUAAAUAUCUAUAUCAAUAUGUUGCUCCAAAAGGUGUUGAGUGCAACGACUCGUCGGUUUGUUAGGUUAUUCUCAGCCAAUGCUUCGUCAAAUGGAUUUAAUUUUCAAUUAUCCGAUACCCAACGUGAGAUGCAGGAAUUGGCAAGGAAGUUCGCUAGAGAAGAAAUAAUUCCUGUAGCUGCCCAUUACGAUAAAACGGGCGAAUAUCCCUGGGAACUAGUGAAGAAAGCUUGGUCCCUGGGACUUACGAAUGGACAUAUUCCUCAACAUUGCGGUGGUUUGGAAGCCGGUGUCUUUGACGGAUGCAUCGUUGCGGAAGAGUUGGCAUAUGCUUGCACAGGUAUCGAAACAGCUUUGGAAGGCUCCGGUCUUGGUCAAACACCCGUAAUUCAUUUUGGCACUAAGGAGCAACAAAAAAAGUAUUUGGGAAGACUAAUCGAGGAACCCCUGGUUGCUGCUUACUGUGUCACGGAACCAGGAGCAGGGUCAGAUGUGGCUAGCGUUAAAACGAAGGCCGAGAAGAAGGGCACCGAAUGGAUUCUAAACGGUACUAAAAUGUGGAUCACGAACGGUGGAGUAGCAGAUUGGUAUUUCGUCUUGGCGAGGACAAAUCCAGACCCUAAAGCACCGGCAAACAAAGCUUUCACAGGAUUCAUCGUGGAACGAGCUUUCGACGGCGUCAUUCCUGGUAAAAAGGAAAUGAACAUGGGGCAAAAAGCUUCUGACACACGUAUGGUAACAUUCGAAGAUGUUCGGAUACCAGAAGAAAAUGUUCUCAUAGGGGAAGGGGCUGGAUUUAAAAUCGCUAUGGGAACUUUCGAUUUGACCCGACCCCCAGUAGCAGCUGGUGCUGUAGGUUUGGCCCAAAGAGCUCUCGACGAAGCCACGAAGUACGCUUUGGAGCGUAAAGCAUUUGGCAGGCCCAUUGCAGACUUUCAAGCUGUGGCAUUUAUGCUUGCCGAUAUGUCUAUUGGUGUUGAGACAUCUAGACUUAUGAUGCAGAAAUCUGCAUGGGCCAGUGACAACAAAGAUCCAAGAUCUACGAUUCUGGCCAGUAUUGCUAAGUGCUACGCCGGCGAUGUGGCCAACAAGGUAGCCACUGAUGCUGUGCAGGUAUUCGGUGGAGCUGGGUUUAAUAGUGAAUAUCCAGUAGAGAAACUGAUGAGAGAUGCGAAGAUUUUUCAGAUAUAUGAGGGUACUGCCCAAAUUCAAAGGCUGAUCAUUUCUCGCCAACUUUUUAAUGAAGCCAAGAACACGGCCCGAUAAAUGUUGGAGCUACAAAGGGAAAUUUAUGAAAUGCACGUUGUUAGUCGGUGACAAGGAUUUUGUGAUCAAAUAUUUACAUCAGAAAAUUUAAAGCUGUUUAUAAAAGUAUUUCUUGUACGAUGAUCAUUUGUCCUUUUGUAUCCAAGGAUCUAUUCGGAAUCUAUUUUUCGAUUUUUCACUUUGAUCAAAAUGCCUAAUAUGGAGCAUUUUGAUUAUUAUCAAAAAAGGAAGGUCAUCAAAAUGUUCUUCACACUUCUACACUUUAUUAGAAGUAUGAUUAGCAAUUGUGAAAAAAUAUAUAUAACCCGAAUUCUGUACAUCGGUUGAGUUGCGCAGUAACCGACCAUAAAUGAAUCAUGAGGAGUGAUUCUAAAAAGUGAUUAAUUUAUUUAACAAUAAAAAUACUUAUUUAA